UUUCCAAUUUUUUAUUGUAUUAUUUUUCGUUGUCUUCCAACAUCUUUAUCGCAUAUAAUGUCUUUGUGUGUGCCAUAAAGAGCAGGAAUAUUUUUCUAAAACUCUAUUAAUAUCUAGUGUUUGUUGAACAAAUGGUUGAGACUAAUAGGGAAUAGUAAAUCGCUAUGGAUGAGGGAACAUUAAACGAUUUAUUAGAGUGUUCAGUAUGCUUGGAAAGGUUGGAUACUUCAAGUAAGGUGCUACCUUGUCAACAUACUUUCUGCAGAAAAUGUUUAGAGGAGAUAUAUCAUAAGCAUAAAGAAUUGAGAUGUCCAGAAUGUCGUAUUCUGAUCAAAAUAAAAAUAGAUGAUUUACCUCCAAAUGUGCUGUUAAUGCGUAUUUUGGAGGGCAUGAAAAAUUCAGGUGGUGCCAAGAAACUUAAAUCUGUUAAAGGAAUGCCCAAUCAACCUCAAAGCUUCAUUCAACAUCCUGCUCAAAUUCAACAUCAUGCAAUUGAUAGAAGUAACAAUAAACACAAUGCAAGUCAUGUUGUACCUCAUCAGCCUUAUGCUAAGGCUUUAUUUGAUUAUGUUUCAAAAGAAGCUGGAGAUUUGUGCUUUAAAAGAGGAGAUGUUAUUAUUUUAAAAAAGAGAAUUGAUAAUCAUUGGUACGAAGGUGAAUGUGGGGGAAAACAUGGUGUAUUUCCAACAACUUAUGUUCAGGUUAUUACACCAGUUCCUAGUCAUAUUCCACAAUGCAAAGCUCUAUAUGAUUUUCGUAUGAACAAUGAUGAAGAAGAAGGCUGCUUAGCUUUUAGUAAAGGUGAUAUUAUUAAUGUAAUAAGAAGAGUAGAUGAAAAUUGGGCUGAAGGAAAACUCGAUGGCAAAAUAGGUAUAUUUCCUUUGGCAUUCGUAGAACUGAAUAAUUUAGCAAGGUCUUUAAUGAAACUGUCUACAAAUGUUCAACCUGGUCCUUCAAAGUUGGCACCUCCAACACCUACUACAGAGAAUAGCACCCCAUUAAUACCAACUGAUCAUUCUACAACUGUAUUAUCAGUCGAUCCGAACAAAUCUCAACAAUUGCCAUCAGACUCAAGCACUAAUGUAACAUCAAGUAGUUCUAGUACCACUCCAAAUGUAUCAUCUAGUAAUACUAGUUCAAAUUCAAGUUCUGCUCCAUCAUCUCCAGCCAGUCCACCAUCUAGACAAAGUGUAUCUUUGAGAAAUUCAAGUCGAAAACAGGAAAGUUCAAAAUCAUCAAGUAAAAGUGCUCCUAGCCUUCAUCCACAAGCGGCUUUUGCAUACACUGCUCAAGAAGGAAGAUCCGGUUCUCAUCAUCAGCAUCAUAAUAAAGAGAAACGUCACAGCUUGACUAACAUCCCAGUGCCUCAUCAUAAUAGUGGCCACCGACAUUCGGCGGAAAUUAUGCCUUCUGCAUCAGUCAGUCAACUCCCAUCGACUGCAUCUGAGCGCACCAAGCGUAAUUCUGGUCCUUCUACGACAGCCGCGACGAUUGCAGAAAUUCAGCUUCCUGCAGCUUUCAUGGCUCUGUAUCCGUACAAGCCACAAAAAUCAGAUGAGCUCGAGUUGAAAAAAGGCGGCAUUUAUAUGGUGUCUGAGAUUUGCCAGGAUGGUUGGUACAAGGGAGUGUCGAACCGUACCCAGAAAUGCGGCGUAUUUCCCGGCAAUUACGUGACACCGGCUCGCGCCUCUUCUAGCCACAUCUCCGCAUCGCACGCAGCCGGAUCCGACGCUCACCAGUCCGUAAGUUUUUCCCGCGGCGGCAAGGGGGCGCGGAUGCGUUCCGCGGACGCCCCCCCUCCAGAACUGCCUCCGCGCGCCUCGAGCCCCACCGUCGUCACCUGGCAGGCUGGAUCUAGUCCGGCCGGCAUCGGCUCUAACACGCUUGCGCAGUCUAAGUGUGAGAAGACUAAAGAACGCAAAGAUAAAGCCACAGUCAGUCUGAUGCGUCGUCUAACCAACAAACUGUCGAAGUCUCCACCGCCUUUGUCAUAUUCUAUGGACAAUCCCGUCUUUGAGGAUCAUUCAAUUACCCCAUUAUCAUCCCCUGCGUCUCACCCCCUGUUCCCCAGGUCCGGCUCGUGCCCCAGCCAACUUCAGAUCCAGCCCUCCGAGCACCAGCGUUUGUUCGGCUACUCUUCGCAUCGGGUUAAGCACAAGGAGCGACCCUCUAUCCUUCACCAUGGUAACGCCAGGUCCCAAAGCCCAUUAGACGUUUCGAGUUCUAGCCCCGACGUCUACCGUCACAAGAAAUCGAACUCCCUCGAUGCUGGCAAUCACAAGUCUUCCAAGACGGGGACGCAGACCGUACGCGAGAGAUUUAGGUGCAUUACUCCGUAUCCUCCGAAUAGCGAAUAUGAAUUGGAGUUGCAGGUGCACGAUAUAAUUUACGUUCAUAAGAAAAGAGAAGAUGGUUGGUAUAAGGGAACUCAACAAAGAACGGGCAAAACGGGUCUAUUUCCGGCGAGUUUCGUGGAGAGCUUUUGAAGCUCGCUCGUGGCCAAAGCGGUUCGAUAGCAGGUGCCUUACUGACGGGACCCAGCCAUUCCUGCCUUUAAUUUAAGACAACAUUUUUACGACCUACUAGAACAUGGUUUGGUAAAAAUAACAACGGUUUCUCUUCCAUUAUAUUAAUGUCUAAACAUGAAUGCCAUGUCCAACGUUUUGUCCCAGUGCCGUUGGCCUAUUUCAAACUUUACUCAUGUUUCUGUUGAUUUGGAACGUCUCUCUAUAUAAAGUUCGGGACUAAUCUUAAUUAAAGUACACUCAGAUGCAAAAAAUGCAACGGAAAGAAAUUUCGUCAUAAUUAAUUUUUUUUAUUUUUAGC